GCAAAUGCCGGGUAGUGCUUAGAUUCGGUGAGGAAAAGCCGGUCUACACUUUUGAGUUACCUACGAUGAAUGUGUGACUUGUACGUAGUGAGCGUCAUCAGCAUUUCUGAACUCACAAUCGUACGUGAUUUCUAUGAUAAGCCUAUGAAAUUAGAUAUAUGACAAGUGAUAAUGUACGGACGACUAAGUGCUGCUGUUCUGCUAAGCGGGAUUUUCGCGUUUUGUGGGCCAAUCGAAGGCGCCAAAAUUCUGGGAAUUCUUCCUUCGGCAGGAUGGUCUCAUUACGCAAUUGGAGAGGGACUGAUGAAAGCGCUAAGUCGAGCAGGACACGAAGUAACUGUGGUCGGUGCACAUCAAUGGAAGCAGGCGCCUAGUAAUUAUCGGACUAUCUUACUGAAGGAGCUGGUUUUUGAUAAAGGAGGUGCUGAACCUGAUCUCUUCCAGUAUCGCAACGACCCAUACGUUAAAGUGCUUUAUCAGUUGUAUACAGAAAUCGGACCGGGCUUAUCAGAAGUAAUUUUAACACAUCCAAAAGUGAAAGAUUUGAUGAAAUCUAAUGAAUCGUUUGACGCGGUUAUUGUUGAGUGCUUCGUAAGUGAAGCAUUGUAUGGGUUCGCGCAGCACUUCAAUGCACCGUUGAUAGUAUUUUCUCCAUUCGGGGCAUCUAUGUGGGCCAAUGACCUUGUUGGCACGCCAUAUCCUUUUUCACAAAUUCCGCAUACGUUUUUAAGCUACACCGAUCGGAUGUCCUUCGGAGAAAGAUUCGUGAAUGCGCUGCUGUGGAACGUGGAUCGACUUUACUAUCGAAACGUCUUUCUUCCUCGACAAGAGGCGAUGUACAAGCGUAAUUUUCCAAAUGCAACAUUAUCUCUACACCAGGUUAUGAAAAACACUAGUUUGGUACUGCUGAAUCAACAUUUUAGCUUGAGUUUUCCGCAUCCCUAUGCACCAAAUAUGAUUGAAGUGGGAGGAAUACAAAUCAGUGAGCCUACGAAGCUCCCUGAGGAUAUUCAAAAAUUCAUCGAUAAUUCAAAGCACGGCGUUAUCUACUUCAGCAUGGGAUCAAUGUUGAAAGGGUGUAACUUUCCGGAAGAAAAACGUAAUGCAUUCAUAAAAGCUUUCGCUAGCUUGAAAGAAAAUAUCCUGUGGAAGUACGAAAACACUAGUUUACCCAAUAAACCGAAAAACGUUCUAGUCAAGAAAUGGUUGCCUCAAAAUGACAUACUCGCACAUCCAAAUGUCAAACUGUUUAUCACACACGGUGGUCUGCUCGGAUCCACCGAGGCUUUGUACCAUGGAAAACCUAUGCUUGGAGUACCGAUUUACGGAGACCAACGGAUGAACAUGGCUCGCGCCAAGAAGGCUGGAUAUGGAACUCACCUUGAGUUCGAAAAUCUAAGCGAAGAAUUGAUUCGACAGGGUAUCAGAAAUGUUUUGGACGAUCCUACCUUUACUGAAAAUGCAAAGUUGAUUUCCGAACGGUAUCGUGACAAACCAAUGAGCCCAUCACAGACUGCAGCCUAUUGGGUGGAAUACGUUAUUAGACAUCGUGGCGCUCCACAAUUGCGAUCGGCUGCAGUUGAGCUAUCGUAUAUUGAGUAUAACCUAUUCGACGUGUACGGUGUGAUGGUAUUAAUAGCUGUUUUGGCCUUGGGUGGUAUGAUUUUGGCGCUAAGAAGAAUUUUGACGUUAUUUGGCAAACCGCCGAGAAGUAAAAAUAGUAACAAGAAGAAAUCCGAUUAAAACUACUGCCUUUCAUAGGUUGUUUGUGAUAUUUACAUUUUAGUCUCAUAUAGAUUCAUAAUUUCUGUAAGUGCAAUCAUUAUAUAUGCAUAACUGAAUAAUAGCAUAGCUUUUCAUGCCGCUAAUCCCAGUUUCUAAUCCCAAGACACUAUCAGUUGAUACUUUUUGACAGCAGUUUGGCUUAGAACCUGGCUCAUUUUCGCGUCAAGCAAAAACCUCAAUACAAUUUGUUGAAAUGCUAUGAUAAUUUACUAAAUUAACUAAUACUUCAAGUUAUAGAUACCACUUAUGUAUAAUGAAAACGUUCAAAAUUAAUGAAUAUACUGCAUACGUUGUAUAAAGAAAUAUUGCCAAUCACCCAUGUAAUAUUGAAAGUGUUAUAAAUGGGCUCGUCCACGUCGAAUUGCUUAGUCUUCGGUUCAUUUCUUCCUCAAUUUAGAAUAAAUAAGGGCACCGAAGUCUCUCAGAUGCUUCGACACAAAUGUGUACUUUUAUCAAAUUUUGAAGGAGGGUGCACACUUGCGCAAUAUUAUCAGAUUAUUCAAAAUAUUCUAAUGUACAUUCAACUCAAUUCAUUUUAUGAUUUUUAGCAAUAGAGUCUUCCGUUCAGCUUGAUUUCAAGGAAAAUGUUUGCAUGUUUAAUUUGGUAUUUAGAAAAUCCCCAUUAUGUUUUGUCUUCAACAAUAUGUAGGUAAUGAGAAAAAUUAAUAGAUUAGUUUUACACUUCAAACAAUUAAAUAUAAAUUAUGAAAUUUA